AUGAAGAGCCUCAAGUUCUUAGCGGCAGAGGGAUUUGUGCGAAGCGGACCAAGUGCUGGUGAGAACCUCUGCUACUUGUCCCACAAUCUUUACCCGGUUCUUCUCAAGGCCAGUUACCUCUGUGAGGCGGCCCAGAUGGUCCACGACCUGGUCCAGAACUGGCCUCUGCCAGAACUCAACCUGAGGAAGCUCCUGGGCAAGACGCUGGACUGUCACGACGAUCUAACCUCCCGCACCUGCCGUCUCUGCCUGCAGGCCCUGAUAACGGGUCUCAGGGAUUAUGUGCUGUGCGCCCCUGCGACUUAUGGCAAGUUGCUGCGGGUGGUGGACCUGACCGGCCUGCGUGACGUUGAGCGCCAGGCCUGCCCCUGCGGGCAAACUCUGGGCCGCUGGGGUCGGACCGACCUGCUCACCCGCAUGUGCUACGAGACCAUGGUGGCCAUGCAGGCCGGCCAGGCGGCGUCUACGGCUUUCGAGAUAGACUUCGACAUCCUGUUAAACGCCCUCGUGACCGGACGCAAUUACGAGGUGGUGACACAAGCCCUGCUGUUGCUGAGGCACUGUCCGCUGAAGCUUCGCUUCGUGGGGCUACGAGUCGACUCGCUCGCUCUUAAGAACCUGUUCUUCCUGUUGAGGGUGGCGGAGCCGCAGAACAUUCGUAAACUGGAGGUGGUACACGGCGUGCACUUGGAGGCACCACACCUGGAGGUGCUGCUGUCAAAGCUCCAGCUCUCCCGCAUGUACUCGCUCACACUACCCGCCCAGGCCCUGGAUGUUCGCAGGCUGUCUGCUGAAGAUCAGGGGCUUUUGGGGAUCCUUGGAGAGCUGCUAAGCCAGCUAAAAGAACUCAGAGAACUCUACCUUGGCUUCUCCACGCUUACGGGACACCUGCGCAAAUUGCUAAGUCCCCUGACGACACCGCUCCAGCGUCUAGAGCUGGCAAAUUGCCGGCUGAACUCGGUAGACAUGGCCUACCUGGCCAACAGCCUACACAGUGAAUAUCUGGUUCUGUUGGAUCUGAGCGGCCACGACGUUGCCGAGCUCUUCCCCAACACCUUUCGCAAGCUCCUGCGUCGCUGCUCCGCCACGUUGACCAGCCUGGCGCUGGAGGAGUGCGGGCUGGAGGACGAGCACUUGGAGCUGCUGACCCAGUCGCUGGAGCCAUGUCACUGCUUGGAAGAGCUCAAGUUCCUGGGCAACCCACUUAGCUCGACAGCCCUGCGCCGCCUCUUCUCCACGCUGGACCACAAAUUCCCCGCGCUGAGAUACAUCGAACUGCCUGUACCCCGUGACUGUUACUCCGAGGAUGUGACCUAUCCACUGGACGACACAGUCUUGCUCAGCUACAACAAUCAGAAGUUCCAGCAAAUCCGACAAGAGCUGGUGGGGAUUCUGGAACGUGCCGGAAAAGGCCACGUGGAGGUCUGCACGCCUCUGUUUGGCGCCUACGACCCCGACAUCAAUGAGAUCAGUAACGAGCUGGGAGUGUCCAUGCUGCAUUCCUUUAAUAAUGUUAUAGGUGGCUUUAUGGACACCAUAACAUCUGUCAAUCAACGGAGAGAGGAAAGCAUGAGGAAAUGA